CCCCUUUCUGCCCCACCUUCCUCUGGAGGGAAUCUCUCUUUUGAAUUUGCCCUCCCUCCUCCCCGCUUUGGACAUUGCCAGGCUGCCGAUCUGUGAAAAGUGCUUUAAAUCUGCAUUUCUCUGCUUGGGAAUUCGAAGAGGAGAGGGGAUUCGAUUCUACCACUUCAGAACAUUAUCCUGGACCUUUCUUAGAUGACUCCUUUUCCUUUCUCUUUAGACUUACUUCAUCUCGGUUUCCAUUCUCAGACAGAUCAUAGAGGACUUCCUCCAAGGUAUCACCUGCAGGAGACCCGCUGGCCUGGAGAACAGCUUGUACAGAAGACCCACCGCAAGACCAGAAGCUGGAGAGAAGGCUUUUUGUGACACUGGCUGCUAAGGAGAGGAAGAGCAAAGUCAGCCUUGAGCUAAGAUCAGCUCACCUGAAACGAAAAUGACCGACCAAGUGGAAGAGGGAUCCAACAAAGAGGAACCGAUGGAGGGAUUGGAACUAGGGAAGAAAGCGCAUCCCAGAUCCAUCCCCUUGGCAAGCUCAGUAAGAAGAGAAAUGGCCACGCAGGUUAAGGAUGAACCAGAGGAAGGGCUACCCCAAACUCAGCUACCCCGGUGGCAGGGAUCCCCAAAGACGAGCAAGCCACAGCUGUCGGAGCCCCCCAUGUUGCAGGAGGACCUCAAAGCCUUUUGGGAUCACUUGGAGGGGGUGGAAGAGGCAUGCUGGUGGGGAAGCAGCCUGGUGCCUGGCCCCAGAGAAGCUGAGAAGACUUAUGGCAACCUUGGUGUCCAGGAGACUUAUGGGAAAAUGAAAGCGGCCAUCUUGCGGGGGGAAGCCAGCUGCCGGGAGUGGCAGCGCCAACGUUUUCGGCACUUUUGUUACAAGGAAGCCAAGGGGCCUCGGGAGGCUUGUGGCCAGCUUCAAGACUUCUGCCACCAGUGGCUGAAGCCGGAGCAGCACACCAAGGAGCAGAUCCUGGAGCUGGUGAUCCUUGAGCAGUUUCUGGCUGUCCUGCCCCCAGGGAUGCAGAACUGGGUCCGGGAGGGGGGGCCAGAGACCUGCACCCAGGCAGUGGCCCUGGCCGAGGAGUUCCUCCAGAGGCAGGAGGAGGACCAGAGUCACGAAGACGAGGUACUGGGUCCGUUUGAAGAAGCAUCUUGUAAUGUCCCCAAGAGUGGGCGCGCUCUCCUUGAUUCCCUGCAGGCACAGUGGAGCAAAGCUGGGCAAGAAAACUGCCCAGAGGGCAGGAGCUUCUGUGGAGACAGUGAGGAAUCUUGUGAAAAUGAGAUUUCUCCUGUGGGAAAUCAAAAGCAGACAGAAGUUUGCCAGACAAUGCCUGGAAGAGCGAAAAGCAUUUCCUGGCAUCUGGGACAAAGGUCCUGGAGGAAGGGAAAGCGUGAGAGCAACCCGGUUCAAAAAGCUAACAUCUCUGUUUUGCAAAGCGGUGGACUCGCCAAUAAUACACAACCAAGGUCCACGUUGGAGAAUCUGGAGUCCUGCAGGAGGGAUGAGAAUACAUUUGGCAACAGUUCAGAUUUCUUAAUAGAUACCAAAGCCAAAUGCUGUAAGUUCUUGGACUCUACAGCCACCUCCAGUCAGAGCAUGCUCUUCCCUAACCUUCAGCGCAUCCUCAAGGGUGAGAAAUCCUGCAGUUGUCUGAGCUGUGGGAAAAGCUUCCAUCACAAUUUAAGCCCAGCUGAGCAUGGAGACGAGCCUUCUCAGUGUUCAGAUUGUGGGAAACAUGUUGAUGAGGACUCGGUUCUUACGAAACAUGAAAGAUUUGAACGAGGAGAGAAGCUUUACAUGUGUUUAACCUGUGGAGAAAGCUUUGCUCUCUACUCCAGCCUGAUGAAGCAUGAGAGGAUCCACACCGGAGAAGAGUUGUGUCCUCCUGUGGAGAGUGGGCAAAGAUACCAUCCAAGCGGCAGUCCUACCAUCUUGGAACAGCAAGCCUCCGUGGGGGAGAAGCCGUACCAGUGUCCAACCUGUGGGAAGAGCUUUAGCAAAAUCUCAACCUUUCAGUUCCACAAGCGGAUCCAUACUGGGGAGAGGCCUUACACGUGCACCAACUGUGGAAAAAGCUUCAGCCAGAGAUCCAAUCUUAUCUUGCACGAGAAAACUCACACGGGAGUAAAGCCCUUCCGGUGCUCGGACUGUGGGAAGAGCUUCCUUCGAAGCUCAGAUCUGGUGAGGCACGAGAUCACCCAUACCGGGGAGAAACCCUACACCUGCUCUGAAUGCGGCCGGUCCUUCAGCCACAACUCGACUCUGAUUGCUCACGAGAGAACCCACACGGGGGAGAAGCCCUACAAGUGUUCAGUCUGCGGGAGGAGCUUCCGACACCACUCGGGUCUUAUCAAACACGAGAGGACCCACACUGGGGAGCGGCCCUAUGCAUGUCCGGCCUGUGGGAAGGGUUUCAGUCAGAGCUCGGGCCUGACGCUCCACUUGAGGACUCACACGGGCGAGAAGCCCUACCAGUGCUCCACUUGCGGAAAGAGCUACACCCAGAGGUCAAAACUGACGAAACACGAGAGGACACAUUUGGUUGAAAUAGUCCUCAAACCACACAAAUGUUCUGAAUGUGGGAAAAGGUUCCAUCAGAUCUCCCAUCUCAAUCGGCACUUGAGGAUCCACACUGGAGAGAAGCCCUACAAGUGCUUGGAUUGUGGGAAGAGCUUCACGCAGGGUUCCUGUCUGCUGGGCCACCAGAGGAUCCACACGGGGGAGAAAGCCUACUCAUGUUCGUACUGCGACAAAAGCUUCAUCUGGAGCUCCGGCCUGCACCAGCACGAGAAGAUCCACCUGGGAGAGAAGCCGUACAAAUGCCUGGAGUGUGGGAAGAGCUUCCACCGGAGUUCAGCCCUCACGGACCACGUGAGGUCCCACACGGGGGAGAAACCGUACACCUGCUCUGACUGCGGGAAAGGGUUUAGCCAGCAUUCCAACCUCAUUGUGCAUCGGAGGGUCCACACGGGGGAGAAACCCUACCCCUGCUCCGUCUGCGGGAAGAGCUUCACCCGGACAGCGCUGCUGAUGGCGCAUCUCCGGAUCCACACGGGAGAGAAGCCGUACAAAUGCCUGGUCUGUGAGAGGAGCUUCCGGGAGAGACCCGCUCUUACCAAACAUAAGAAAAUCCACAUGCGGGAAAAUCCAUUUGCUAGUGGACAAAUGGAUGAAAAUGAGGAAGCUGUUGACCUGAAAAAUCCUGAGCACCUGGAACCAUGCGCUUCAUUGCUGGACACGGCCCCAGACAUUACAGAUUUCCACAAAGUAGAAGGAAUCUCUGAGAUUCCACACAGAUCGGAGGGUCUGCCAAGUAUUAUCCCUGUGCUGGAAGAAGGCAGUUCGGUCGAAGGGACGUCUUAUAUAUGCUCUGAUUGCGGGAAGAGUUUCUGCAGCAUCUCCAGCCUUAUCAGCCAUCAAAAACGAAACCGCUCAGGAGAGAAGUCAUACAAGUGUUCUGACUGUGGGAGGAGCUUUCACCAGAGCUCGGAUCUCGUGAAACAUGAGAGGAUCCACACAGGAGAGAAGCCCUAUAAGUGCACUGUGUGUGAGAAGCGAUUCAAUCAACGGUCCUAUCUGAUCGUUCACGAACGGUUCCACACCGCAGAGAAGCCAUACAAGUGCUUCCUCUGCGGGAAGAGCUUCUGCUCCAACGCCCACCUCAUGACUCAUCAAAGGACCCACACUGGGGAAAGGCCAUAUCAGUGUCCUGAGUGUGGGAAGCGUUUCACCACCAGCUCAAACUUUGUCAACCACAAAAAGACCCACACGGAAGAAAAACCAUACAAUUGCUCCCUCUGCGAGAAAAGUUUCAAACGCAGCUCGAACCUGAUCCAGCACGAGAGAACCCACACGGGCGAGAAGCCAUAUACUUGUCGCACUUGUGGGGAGAGUUUUGCUUCCAAUUCAGGACUCGUGAAACACCAGAGGAGCCAUACAGGGGAGAGACCUUAUAAAUGCUCGUACUGCGGGAAGAGCUUCAGUCAGAGUAUGAUCCUCACUCAGCACGAGAGGACUCACACGGGGGAGAAACCCUGCAAAUGCCCAGCCUGCGGGAAAAGCUUUCGCUCCAGCUCAGAUCUUGUGAAGCACAAAAGAAUCCACACGGGGGAGAAACCGUACAAAUGCUCCCUGUGUGGGAAAAGCUUCACCACCAGCUCAGAUGUGGUGAAGCAUGAGCGGACCCACACGGGCGAGAAACCCUAUAAGUGUGUCACCUGUGGGAAGAGUUUCAGCCAGAGCGCACACCUCUUGCAGCACCAGAGAAUCCACACAGGGGAGAAACCCUAUUCCUGCGUGAUUUGUGGCAGGUGUUUUACCUGCAGCGCACACCUGGUGGUCCAUAAACGGACCCACAAAGAUGGGGAGGUCCUAAAAGCGUAACCGUAGGUGUUGUCCCAGGCUGGCGGGUGAGUGUGUAUUUACUAGCAGGUCUGUUGUGUGUGUGAGCAUCAAGGAUCCCACCCAGACUAGACAAAUUUUGUCUGCUGCCACGAACCAGAUCUCUCUAAAACCUAACUGGAAUCCAGAGGAGAGUAGAAAAAAUAAAUAACCUUAGGAACUGAUCUGUUCUUCUUAUGCAUGGGAAAGAGAACCAGAAAACUGAGCUACAAGAGAAGCCAUAACUUUUCCCACUCCAAUCCAGAUGGGGAUUGGGAGCUUGCUCAGCAAAGUUGGCGGUAAAGUCGAGGUGAAUUGAACUAGAUUACACUCGCCAAACGUUGUGAUUUUCAUGAAUUACUAUGUGUGGUUCCUUUGUAAUAAAUAGAUGGCGGUUGUG